AAGUGCACUCAGCGCACAGCGAAGAUUCCAAAGAUACGUCAUGAAGGCGAUCUCGUUGAUCGAGUUUUGCUCUUCGAUGUUGAAGGGACUACUACUCCCAUCACGUUUGUCAAAGACACUCUAUUCCCACUGGCUAGAGAUAGGAUGCUCGAGUGGUUGACAAGCCACUGGGAUCACCAGGAGGGAGCUCAGGUCAGGAAGCUGCUGCCGGCCGAGCUGUGGGACGGGUCUGUGGAGGAGGUGGCUGAUGUGAUGAAGGAGUGGAUAGCAGCUGAUAGGAAGGAGCCGGCCUUGAAGACAGCUCAGGGGCUCAUCUGGAGGGAGUCUUACGAAACGGGCGGGCUGCGAGCUCCGAUGUUUACUGAUGUUGGCUCGUGUUGGGAAAGGUGGAAGGCGCGAGGGGCGAGGAUAGCGAUUUUUAGUAGUGGGAGUAGGGAGGCACAAAAGCUUAUCUAUAAGUAUUGUGGAGAUGAGAAGACGAAGGUUUUGGAUUUAACGCGGUUUAUCUCGUGUUAUUUUGAUCCUACUUCUGUGGGAGGGCAUUCUAAGCAAACCUCCGAGGCCUACGAGCAGAUCGCCUUGUCGCUUGGGGCUGAUCCGAAGGAUAUAGUCUUCUUUACGGAUAUCCCAGGCGAGGCUAGGGCAGCUAGAGCAGUUGGGUGGGACGGUGGGUGGUUGUUCGAGAGGGCAAUGCGGCAGUAG